UUUGCAUCGGAGACCACCACGUACAGUAAUGAGCACGCAUGGUAUCGCGCACCGCAGCGAGAUGCGUCCACUGCGUCCGCCGCGCGUCCCCGUUCCACCGGCGCCUGGUUAUACGGAGCUACAGCGUCUGGGUGUUGGCGAGCCACCGCAGAAUGCCGAUGCACGGCGCCUACGACGCGCGGCGGGCGUUUUGCUGCUAAUUUUCUGCUUGGGUACAGCGAUCGGCCUCGUGCACGUUAUCGGCCUCUCGCAACAAGUGUUGGCUAGACUGGAAGAACAGCAGAUGCAAAGGCCGACUUUGAUGCAUCAACCACACACUCAGUCCCGUGGUGUGGUCGGAGGCGGGUGGCAGCGCAGCCAAGGAGCGGCUAACGUGUUGAUUGCGUACUCCGACGGACCGCAUCUCUCGAAACUCGCAGCAGUGGUGGAAGCUGGUGCACGCAACGUAUUGGGGAACGGCACAAAGUCGCUGCGUGUACGUACACUGGACAAUGCAUCGUUCGCAGACGACGUGAUGUGGGCGGACGCUGUGAUACUUGGAACGCAUGUGGUGAACGCCAACGUUGAGCCAAAGAUGGCAAAGUUUUUGAGUGAAUGGUCGUUUACCGAGGACCUGAGCCAGAAGAUUGGUGCUGUCUUCGUCACGAGUGGAGGGAUAUCGGCAGGAGAAGAGCUGACUAUGGUGAACUUGCUGCACUCGCUCAUGAUCUUCCGGAUGAUAAUCGUUGGGGGAGAGCGCUGGACGAGUGCGUUUGGCGCGUCUGCUAUCGUGGGCGAAGGACCGUUUGCGCCUGCAGAUCAAACCAGUCCGGAGCUGCGAGAUUUCCCACCGAUAUGCUACCCGACCGACCCCGAUUCCAUUCACGACAUGUUCAAGGACAAAGCAAUUGGUUUGGGGGAACGAGCUGCCUCGAUCGCGACACAAUUGCGACGCGCACGGGUGGAUUUAUCAAGGCAGAACUAACGAGCUCACCUCGACUCAAUUAUCACUAAUGUACUUCCAAGUACUACUACAUGUACAUGUAGAAAUUGCACAGCAUCCAUACGCUGCAGUUCAAAAUGGUGAAUAAAGCUCCUUACUUGUUAAUUUACAGCAAGUAGAGCCUUGAUCAAUUAUUCACAUCUCAUCCAGCAGUUUAGUUGCUCGUUCAAAAGUCCAAAA